UGUCUGUGCACAUUUAAAUCAUUAAAUGCACUAAAAGUUCACCUAUCCCGCAUUCACCCAAAAACUCCAAAUCAGCAACAAAGUAUACCAACUAAGUUUAGUUGUCUGUCGUGUGGAUUUACAGAGUCUUGUUCAGAGAGUGACUUUUUCACUCAUCUGCAUCGUGCACAUCUAAAAGUAAAUCAUAAAGUCAGAUGCCCUUAUGAAGACUGUAAUUUUGAAAGCAGUGUUUACUCCACCUUCAAAGCACACAAGAGUAAAGUACACAAACAACAGAUCUCAAAGAGAUUUAAAUCAGAAAUUGUUGGUGACAAUAUUAUAAGCCAUGACAGUAAUGCUUCACAAGAGCAGAUGUCAGAUGCUGAUGAUAUUGAGGACACAGAAGAGUUGAAUGAGGUAACUGAAUCUGAUCUGCACGAUUUAGAAAAACAGCUUCAGCACAACUUGGCAUCUUUACUACUAAAGAUGCACACUGUUUUACACAUACCAGAGAGUUCAGUGCAAGAUGUGAUAGAGCAGCUCUGUCAAAUCAAUAAGCUCUCACAACCACUUGUACAACACAGAGUCAGAGGCAUAUUAAACAAAUAUUGUGCUGACAUGGAUGAGACUGUUAUUAAAGAGAUUAUCAGUGCUGUGUCAGAAAGUAACAUGAUGACACAUUGUUCCAAAGAUGGACCUUUAGGAACUGCCAAAAAAAGAGCAGCCUAUGUGCGUAGAGAGUUUCCACUGGUAAAUCCAAUUGAAUAUGUUGUGGAGAAAGGCAAAAAAACUCUUGCAUAUGUUCCCAUUGUUCCUAUGCUACAGAAGUUGCUUAACAAAACUGAUGUUUUAGACAAAGCUAUGUCAGAGAAAGUACAUGUCCCUCAGGAAUUCAGAUCAUAUGCUGAUGGGCAAUACUUUACUGAAAAUCCAUUUCUUGCAAAAGAUGAGUUUACAAUUGCUCUUGUACUUUACAUUGAUGACUUUGAAGUCGCCAAUCCUCUUGGAACAUCAAAGCUAAAACACAAGAUGUGUGCAGUAUACUGGGUUAUUGCAAACAUACCUUCAAAAUAUCGGUCAACCCUCAGCUCUAUCCAACUUGCUCUACUGUGCAAUACCUCCACAGUCAAGGAGUGUGGUUAUGCAAAGGUUUUCCAACCUCUGAUCUAUGAUCUAAAAUUAUUGGAGCAGAAUGGUGUUUACCUGGAGCAACUAGGUGCAAGUGUGAAAGGUACAGUCUUGUAUGUUGCAGCUGACAAUCUUGCUGCCCACUCUCUUGCAGGUUUCCUGGAGAGUUUUACCGUCGACAAGUUCUGCAGAUUCUGCGUGGCAAGCAGUAGAGACACUCAACAACAAGAGAUGGCCAUGGAACAGAAAUUAACAAUGCGAGUUAUCGUCUCUGAGGGAGAUAUAAGAAAGAUGACAAUGAACCCUCGACCAUACAUACUUGAAGAUUUGAUUAGCUGGCUCAAAGGCACUCUCCAAACAAAUUACAAUUUUACCUUACAGUACCAAGAUCCUGAAUUUAACAAUGAAUUAUGCAACCUCACAGACUUGUCUGAGCUCCCAGAUAAACCAACGAUCAAAAUCAUCCCUAUCAUUGAGCUUGUACCAGUCCCUGGAGGUUCUGAAUUAUGUAGUGACACAAGCAGCCAAGCAGACACUGAGAUCCUGUCCAUCUCUUUGGAUAGAAGUUCUCAGUGGCCAGAGGUAUUUGAAAUUCAAAAUUUCAAGUCGAUGUAGAGUAUA